CCUGGUUUUCGCAAGUUUUGUGUUAUUAUGACCAAGAGAACGAACUUCAGCGGCUUCUUGGAUGCUGGCACUAAAAACGAUCCUGCAGUCGUGCCAUCUCAAGGGUCGACUCCUCCCAGUGCGCAGCCAAACCCAGACGAGGCACCAGUCAAGUACCUAAGACAUCUGCUUGAAACGAGGCUGUCGAUCAGUAAAAACUAUAUGGAAGUUCUGCCGAAGGCCUACAAUACGCUCCUAGUUAACCGAGUGAAACGCGACGCUAGUGACACCCUCGACGAGGAGGUCAUCGUGGGCAGCGCAAAUAGGGUCGUUGCGCACUGCAACGCGUUUACAGGCAUUGUGAGGAACAUCGACUUGGUCUGCAACACCCUGGACGAGACCAUUGUCCACUUCCUCAGCGAGCUCCCACCUACCGAGGAAAAGAGGGCAGCUAUUAACGAAAACGGCGAGUACUUCUCCCAUCUGCUGAAAAUCAAUGUCGGCAAAUUCGACCCGUAUCAACUUGCAAUCGACCCAGAGAAGUAUCUGGAUGCGUUCAUUCCGUCAUUUAUCCUGGAUGCACCUACGCCCUUGUUGAACUGGCGAGAGUUUCUGAUCAUGUACGGCUCACCGCUGCUUCGGAGCUUUGUUAUGUACGACCUGCAUAUAAGCUGUAACUGGACGACGGCGAAGACGAAGAUUGUGAAGGCCUUCGGCAUGCAGCACAGCAUAGAGACGGUGGGAAGGGUCCGAUAUGGCAUGGGCCAGCUCUAUCAAGUGCAAGACAUCCUUCACCACGUGUCCAAGUACGGCAAAUCGAAACGCUUACUCACCCUGGGUGUUAUUGCCGGUGUUUGCACACUCAAUCAACAGCAGAUGUUCGUCAACGCAAUUGAGGGCCGUGGCAAGUUUAGAGUCGGGGAAUUCAAUUUUUCCGAGCUUUGUGGAGACUAUCCACAUACGAAAACCGGAGCUGCUUCUGUCCCUGUCGCCGCCUGUACCUCAGCUGCUGUGCCCUCUACCACUAGCGUUGAUCCCACGCCGGCGCCGGCGCCUGUCCCUGUCCCUGCUAGGGCUGCUACCCCUGUCCCAGCUACUAUGCCUACUGCAGCUACUUCGAGUAAGCACAACCCCACCUACCGUGCCUUUGUUCAUCCUACUGGGCGGCCAGUUGGUCCCAAAAGCCCACUUCUCGCCUCCGCAACCAGUACAUUUGCUGGCUGGGGACCCAAGGCAACAGCCAGCGUAUUAUCGACUGCAGUUCAGAGCUCUGGCUCACCCUUAGCACCAACAUCCACUACCACCGCUACCCCAGUAUCUGGUUCUGCAAUUCCAAUUUCCAAUACUGGCUCUGGAGCUACCGCAACAUCCUCCCAUGCGUGGGUCGCUCCUACCAGCGCCACUAGUAGCACUACCGUGUGGUUUGGGAUCAAACCGACCACAGGAGCCUCUGCAACUUCGGCAGCCGCUCCUACCCAAGCACCUCCCACUAGCACAUCUGACUCAUAGGCUCGAUUUAGCCCUGCCUCCAGCCAAAUUGACUGCACGAAGUAGUGGCUGGAUAAGAUUGACUACUAUGCCGGCAGUUCAUAUGAUAAGAUGAAUCCAAAUUUACCGGUGUGAAUACCAUGAGGGUUGAUCGUUCGAAUGUCUAGAUAUGAUAGUAUCACGCUGUAUACGUGAUGGCUGUGUUGAAUAGGCUUCUAGUUAUAGGCAGGACGAAUAUAAC